AUGUACGGCACCGGUACUGGCCCCCAGACGGGCGUCUCAACCCCUCGAUCCUCCGCCUCUCUCCGUCCUUUGACCAUCUCCCACGGUUCACUCGAGACCUCUUUUUUGGUUCCCACCAGCCUUCACUUCCACGCCUCGCAAUUAAAAGACCGCUUCAGUGCGAGUCUGCCGCCACCCACCGACGAGCUUGCCCAAGAUGAUGAGCCAUCCUCCACAGCCGAGCUGGUCGGUAGAUACAUGGGCUUUGUCGCUCAGGAGGUCGAGCGGGGCGAGGACGAUGCUCAGGGUUCCUACGAAGAGGUGCUGAAGCUCAUUCUCAACGAGUUUGAGCGCGCUUUCCUGCGGGGCAAUGAUGCCCACGCUCUGGUAGCUACUCUUCCGGGCAUUGACUCCAAGAAAUUGGAGGUCUUGCGCAGCUACUAUGCUGCAAGGUCAACACUGAAGAGGACGGUCCGCCCUCACCAAUCAGCCCUGUUCCGGGCUGCUGAGGAGGGAGAUGCUGUCAUCUAUAGCAUCUUCGGUGGCCAGGGCAACAUUGAGGAAUACUUUGAGGAGCUGCGCGCGCUGUGGCAGACAUACCCUUCUUUCGUCGGAGAGCUCAUCAUGUCCUCGGCCGAGCAGCUGCAGACCUUGGCCAAUGAUUCUGCCGCCGAGAAGCUCUUCACAAAAGGCCUGGACGUCAUGAACUGGCUGCAACACCCUGAGGCUACCCCAGACGUCGACUACCUCAUCUCUGCUCCAGUUAGCUUCCCGUUGAUCGGACUUGUCCAGAUGGCGCACUACGAGGUUACCUGCAAGGCUCUCGGUAUCCACCCUGGAACCCUCAGAGAGAGGAUCUCCGGCACUACCGGACAUUCGCAAGGUGUUGUGAUGGCGGCAGCUACUGCCGCGGCCGACACUUGGGAGUCCUGGCCUGAGAUCGUCAAGUCUGCUCUGACAAUUCUCUUCUGGAUCGGUGCGCGCAGCCAGCAGACAUUCCCCAGGACGUCCAUGACACCCUCUGUCCUGCAAGAUUCGAUCGACAAUGGCGAGGGCACGCCGACGCCUAUGCUCAGCAUUCGCGACCUCUCGCAAGCAGAGGUCCAGAAGCACAUUGACGCGACAAACAAAUAUCUUCCUGCGGACCGCCACAUUUCCAUCUCUCUCAUCAACAGCCCUAGAAACAUGGUCGUCACUGGCCCACCCAUGUCCCUGUAUGGUCUGAACUUGCAGCUGCGGAAGGUCAAGGCUCCCACUGGUCUCGACCAGACUCGCAUCCCACACACCCAGCGAAAGGUCCGAUUCGUCAACCGCUUCCUCCCCAUUACCGCCCCGUUUCACAGCCAGUACCUAGCUGAGGCGACGGCUUUGAUCGACGAGGACCUCAAGGACAUUCAGAUCGAUGCCAAGCAGCUGGGCAUUCCUGUCUACGACACCAACACUGGCAAAGACGUGCGUGAGGAUGCCAAGGGCAACAUUGUCCCAACCCUCGUCCGUCUGAUCACCCGCGAUCCUGUCAACUGGGAGCAGGCAACAGUCUUUGCCAAUGCCACCCACGUGCUUGAUUUCGGCCCAGGAGGCAUCUCUGGGCUCGGCGUCCUCACCAGCCGUAACAAGGAGGGCACCGGCGUGCGCGUCAUCCUUGCUGGCGAGGUCAACGGCUCUGCUAACGAGGUCGGAUACAAGCCUGAGAUCUUUGACCGUGAUGAGGAGCACGCCGUCAAGUAUGCUCUGGACUGGGUCAAGGAGUACGGCCCCAGGCUGAUCAAGAACACCAACGGUCAGACGUUCGUCGACACCAAGAUGAGCAGACUUCUGGGAAUUCCUCCGGUCAUGGUGGCCGGCAUGACCCCUUGCACGGUACCAUGGGACUUCGUCGCUGCCACUAUGCAAGCUGGAUACCAUAUCGAGCUCGCCGGCGGUGGUUACUUUGAGCCAAACUCGAUGACCGCUGCGCUCCGAAACAUCGAGAAGGAGAUCCCAGCGGGUCGUGGCAUUGGCAUCAACCUGAUCUACGUCAACCCUCGUGCGAUGGCCUGGCAAAUUCCGCUCAUCGGUCGGCUGCGAGCCGAAGGUGUGCCAAUCGAAGGUCUCACCAUCGGUGCAGGUGUGCCCUCUAUUGAUGUCGCAAAUGAGUACAUCGAGACCCUGGGCCUGAAGCACAUCUCUUUCAAGCCAGGUUCCUCUGACGCCAUCCAGGCUGUGAUCAACAUCGCCAAGGCCAACCCUACGUUCCCUGUCAUGCUUCAGUGGACUGGUGGCCGUGGUGGCGGCCACCACUCUUUCGAGGACUUCCACCAGCCGAUUCUGCAGAUGUAUGGGCGUAUUCGCCGGCAGGAGAACAUCAUCCUCGUCGCAGGAAGUGGUUUCGGUGGUGCCGAGGACACUUACCCAUACAUCACUGGAGAGUGGUCCAAGAAAUUUGGCUAUCCUCCCAUGCCUUUCGACGGAUGUUUGUUCGGCAGCAGGAUGAUGGUUGCUAAGGAAGCUCACACCAGCAAGGCUGCUAAGCAGGCGAUCAUCGAGGCUGAAGGUCUGACCGACAGCGAGUGGGAGCAAACAUAUCAAGGUCCAGCCGGAGGUAUUAUCACCGUCCGUUCUGAGAUGGGUGAGCCCAUUCACAAGCUCGCCACUCGCGGUGUGAAGUUCUGGGCUGAGAUGGACAAGAAGAUCUUCAGCCUGCCGAAGGAGAAGCGGGUUGCCGAGCUUGAGAAGAACCGAGCUUACAUCAUCAAGAAGCUGAAUGACGACUUCCAAAAGGUCUGGUUUGGCAAGAAUAAGGCCGGCGAGACGGUCGACCUGGAUGAGAUGACUUACGGCGAGGUUGUGAGGAGGCUGGUAGACCUUCUCUACGUGAAGCACCAGUCGCGCUGGAUUGACCCCUCCUUCGCCAGGCUCACUGGUGAUUUCAUCCAGCGUGUCGAGGAGCGCUUCACAUCUGCCUCCGAUAAAGUUUACGUCCUGCAGGAGUACACCCAGCUUGACAAGCCUUUCGAGAUCAUCGAGACGGUCCUCGGCCACUACCCGGAGGCUGAUAAGCAGAUCAUCAACGCCCAGGAUGUUCAGCAUUUCUUGAUGCUGUGCUCGAGACCGACGCAAAAGCCCAUUACAUUCAUCCCUGCCCUCGACAACAAUUUCGAGUUCUACUUCAAGAAGGACUCUCUUUGGCAGUCUGAAGACUUGGAUGCUGUCAUCGAUCAGGACGUCGGGCGGACCUGCAUCCUUCAGGGCCCCACAGCAGCCAAGUAUUCGACAGUCGUUGACGAGCCGAUCAAGGACAUCCUUGACAGCAUUCACAAUGGCCACAUUGAGUACUUGACUCGCGACAGUUACGCAGGCGAUGCGGCCAAGAUCUCGACCAUUGAGUACUUCGGAGGCAAGCUUGUCGAUCACGAGAUACCCCUUGAUUUCGAGGGCGUCACUGUGUCCUAUGACAGCAACAGGAACACUUAUCGCAUCGCGAACACGACCACCAGUCCAUUGCCGGCCCUCGACGACUGGCUCUCCCUCCUUGCAGGACCCAACCGCUCUUGGCGUCACGCUCUACUUCUGUCUGAAGUCCUCGUGCAGGGCAAGAAAUACCAGACCAACCCGAUGAAGCGCAUCUUUGCUCCUGCUCGUGGCCUGUUCGUGGAGAUCACAUACCCAAACACUCCCGACAAGACUGUUAUCACCGUUCGGGAGCAGCCUCGUCAUAACCAGUACGUUGAUGUUCUUGAGGCCAAGAUGGUUGGCCAAAAUCAGAUUGUGGUCAACAUGGUCAAGGACACGACGGCUCUUGGCAAGCCUGUCGCGUUGCCUCUUGAGUUCACCUACCACCCCGAGGCUGGCUACGCUCCUAUUCACGAGAACAUGGACGGACGCAACGACCGCAUCAAGGAGUUCUAUUGGCGUGCCUGGUUCGGCGACGAGGCUCUGGACUUGGAUGCCAAUGUCUCCGGCAAGUUCGAUGGAGGCAAUGCUACUGUCACUGGCGAGGCUAUUAAUGACUUUGUCCAUGCUGUGGGCAACCAUGGUGAAGCCUUCAUUGACCGUCCAGGCAAGGUCAUGUACGCCCCGAUGGACUUCGCCAUCGUCGUGGGCUGGAAAGCCAUCACUAAGCCUAUCUUCCCUCGCACCAUUGACGGUGAUUUGUUGAAGCUUGUGCACCUGUCCAACCAGUUCCGCAUGAUGCCAGGUGCUGAGCCCCUGAAGAAGGGCGACGAGCUUUCCACUGUUGCUCGUGUCAAUGCAGUCAUCAACCAAGACUCGGGGAAGAUGGUCGAGGUCUGCGGCACCAUCCGUCGUGAUGGUGAGGAUGUAAUGGAGGUCACUUCUCAGUUCCUGUACCGUGGCAACUACACGGAUUUUGAGAACACCUUCCAGAGCAAGACAGAGACUCCGAUGCAGAUUCACCUUGCCACGAGCAAGGAUGUUGCUGUCCUGAGGUCCAAGGAGUGGUUCCAGCUCGAUGAUAAUGCCCUCGACAUGGAUCUGCUCGGCAAACUCCUAACGUUCCGCCUCGAGACUUUUGUCCAAUUCAAGUCGAAGACAGUGUUUGAGAAGGUCCAGACGCGUGGCAAAGUGGAGCUUGAAUUGCCCACCAAGGAGAUUGUCCAGAUCGCAUCUGUCUACUACGAGCAUGAAAAGGCGUCUCACGGCAACCCCGUGAUUGACUACCUACAGCGCAAUGGCUCCUCUAUCGAGCAGCCAGUGAUGUUUGAGAACCCGAUCCCCCUGAGCGGCAAGACUCCUCUGCAAAUGAAGGCCCCUGCCUCCAACGAGAGUUACGCACGUGUCUCGGGAGACUACAACCCUAUUCACGUGUCCAGGGUCUUUGCCAACUACGCCAAUCUCCCUGGCACCAUUACGCACGGCAUGUACUCGAGUGCCGCGGUGCGAAGUUUGGUGGAGACGUGGGCAGCCGAGAACAACAUUGGCCGUGUCCGUAGCUUCCACGCUUCUCUGGUUGGCAUGGUGCUGCCGCACGAUGACAUUCAGGUCAAGAUGCAGCACGUCGGCAUGAUCGCUGGUCGCAAGAUUGUCAAGGUCGAGGCUAGCAACAAGGAGACCGAGGAGAAGGUCCUUCUUGGCGAGGCCGAGGUCGAGCAGCCAGUGACGGCAUACGUCUUCACCGGCCAGGGCUCGCAGGAACAAGGUAUGGGUAUGGGCCUGUAUGACAGCAGUCCUGUGGCCAAGGAUGUCUGGGACCGGGCAGACAAGUAUCUCAUGGAUACCUAUGGUUUUGCUAUUACCAACAUUGUGAGGAACAACCCCAAGGAGCUCACAAUCCACUUUGGUGGUCCUCGCGGAAAGGCCAUCCGGGCCAACUACAUGGCGAUGACCUUCGAGACUGUCGCAGCAGAUGGCUCUAUCAAGUCGGAGCGUAUCUUCAAGGAGAUCAGCGAGAGCACGCCGUCCUACACGUACCGCUCCCCGAACGGCUUGCUCUCAGCCACACAAUUCACGCAGCCUGCCUUGACCCUCAUGGAGAAGGCCAGUUUCGAGGACAUGAAGGCGAAGGGUCUUGUUCCUCGGGACAGCACGUUUGCUGGACAUUCGCUGGGCGAGUAUAGUGCCCUUGCUGCAUUGGCCGAGGUUAUGCCCAUUGAGUCUCUGGUCUCGGUCGUCUUCUACCGUGGUCUGACAAUGCAAGUGGCCGUCGAGCGCGAUGAGGCUGGCCGAUCUAACUACUCUAUGUGUGCCGUCAACCCGAGCAGGAUUUCUAAGACGUUCAACGAGGACGCGCUGCGCUUCGUGGUGGCCAACAUUGCCGAGUCCACGGGCUGGCUCCUGGAGAUUGUCAACUUCAACAUCGCCAACAUGCAAUACGUGUGCGCGGGUGACCUGCGGGCCCUCGACACCCUCGGCUACGUCUGUAACUUCCUGAAGGUACAGAAGAUCGACAUCGAUAAGAUGAUGAAGGAGCUCUCGAUCGACGAGGUGAAGGAGCAUCUGCUGCAGAUUAUCAAGCAGGCUGCGUCGGAGACGCAGAAGAAGCCCGAGCCCCUGGAGCUGGAGAGGGGCUUUGCCACGAUCCCCCUGAAGGGUAUCGACGUGCCUUUCCACUCGACGUUCCUGCGCAGUGGUGUCAAGCCUUUCCGCUCGUUCUUGCUGAAGAAGAUCAACAAGACGACCAUCGACCCGUCCAAGCUGGUGGGCAAGUACAUCCCCAACGUCACGGCCAAGCCAUUCGCCCUGACCAAGGAGUACUUUGAGGAUGUCUACAAACUGACCAACUCGCCUCGUAUUGCGAAUGUGCUGGCGAAUUGGGACUCGUACCAGGGUGAUGGCACGGGCCCUGUCGCUGCUCUCAACGGUACUGGCGGCGUGAAUGGUGUGUCUUCUGAUUAGACUCGUUGUUCGCAGUCCUUUUUUGUUUCUUCUCAAGAGUUCUUGGAGGCGUUUGUUCAGCGGCUUUACAUUGGUUCAUGAGUCUGUGUUCAUGUGGGGCGACCAAUGAAAUGGUAUCUCUCGUUGUGGGUCUGGCAUUGAUAAGCCGCGAAUGGGACUAGGCGGAUUCCGUUGUGUUUGUGCGGGUGCCGGCGUUGGCCGUGUUUGCUGGGUUUUCUUCUUGCUUAUGAUCAUUGCAUUACUUGUCACUAUGACUGGAUUAGAGGGAUGUGUGUGUGGGAGAGAAACCCAAUGAUAGAAAAAUCUUAGUACAUUUAU